AUGAUUAAUACAAAACAGCGUGACAAGGAGGCGCAUCUCUUUGAUAAAUUUCAAAAGUCACUUGAUGGUACAGCGACAGACGAUGAAGGUCAAGCGAAUACCAACAGAUGGUCCAGCAAGCCGCCAGUAGAGAGUAUGGAGCUGAGUGACAGCCAGAAUUCCACAGACGAGGCUGGACUCAUAGGUCGCAUAUUCAGACCCAAGCCCGGAUCUUGGAAAGGAAAAGACAAAUAUAACCCUUACGGUGACAUCACUAGCGAGACAGAACUCCUCCGAGAGGUCAAGGACAUAUGCAAUGAGCUUAACAUGCUGAAAUAUCUGGCCCUAGACCAGGAAAGUGUGUGGAAGCGAAUUUGGAAAGACGGAUGCAACCAAGAUCCUACGUUUAACCACAACACACCUUCUGAGGUCAAGAAAGAGAUCACGGAAAUGGUAAAAGAGGCGGAAUUUGUACAAAAGGCCAUUGACAUGCUGCUCGACUUAAAGCAGAAGCAAGCGAAUAUCGUCGAAGCUGAGUUCUCACGAAAGCAAAGUGAAGAUACUGCUAAGCAGAGUGACACAAUAAUGGCUUUCACAGUGGUGACAAUUCUCUUCAUAAGUGGAUAUUAA